CUGGCAUGGGGUUCGCCAGCGCAUCUAGUUAUGAACGCGGAUAAGAAGGGGGUUUAAACCCUAAACCCUAAAACCGGACGAUGGAGAAACAACGACGAGGCCAUGCAGCAUCAGGAUCAACAACCCAAAGGUCACCGAGGACUGUCCGAAGCAGACGUCAUACACGACGAGAUCUUGGACAGAGGCUACGUACAUACUGGUCGGGGCCAUGGAGCUCUUCACUCUCGCCAGUCACUAUUGACUAGCUCAGUACACGACCCUAUAUAAAGCACAAUACCGCUGUAUCGCAGUUUAUCAACGAUGGAUUCAGCUCAGAGGAGACCUGAUAAGUGGCUCCAGCGGUUCACCUCUGGUUACGAGAGGAUCUACGCUUCAACAGUGAACUUCCAUUUCCUGCCAGCCUGCAAGGAGGGUGCGCUUGUUGAUCUGAAACUGAAGAUCGAUAAAGAGGAAACUGAAAAGCGUAAAGCGGAUUUUGACGCUUUGCAGAGACGCAUCCGAGAAGAGGCGCUUACAGAUUACUUCGCAAACACAUCCACGGCUCUCGCCAUCAGCACCGAGAUUACCGAGAUUUGGCCGCAAAAGAUAUACUUCUCUACAUCAAAGCUACAAUACCAUCAAAUUCCAUUAGAAAAACUUAAUGUCUCGAAGAUACUCAUGGUCCUAGAUGUGGAUGGGUUGGGAGAUGUGCCUGAGGACGUACAGCUGUUGCACAUCCGGUUAGAGGAGGGCUCGCGCAGUAUCAGCCGAUACUUCAAUGAAGUGGUGGCCUUCGUCAAAGAAGUACUAGAUAGCCCUGGCAAGUCCAUCCUGAUGUGUGGCUUGACCGAUGCCAUCGCUUGCUUGGCGGCUGCUGUGAUCAUCACAGAAAGGAAAAUCCGAUUGGCCCCCACAAUUGCACACAUCCGCAAGCGCUUACCCGGAGUUGCGCCGAACUUUGCGUACAUUUCCGAGCUCACGAACUAUGAGAAUGAGAUUUUCGAUGUGAAGGAUUCGGCCUUCCUGGCCAAGUACGUGAUGGAAACACUCCCCGGGUGGGAUGCUACACUCGAAGAUGUGCAGAAAGCUCUGGAAGCGAACAAGAACGACGUGGCAAAGGCUAUGGAUGUGCUUUGCCCAUCCACAAAGCAAUAGAAUAGACCUGUGCAUUCUAGCAUGAAGCACGCUUGGCCCUCUAAUAAAUGGCGGGGUGCUGUAGACCCGUGUAUACAUUAAAUGUGGGCAAUCCAACUUAUUGAUAUACAUAGUGGUAACGGUUCAAACGCGGAUAUCACACGCCGAGUGAUCAGAA